CCAUGUAUGUGUGGGAGAGACUGUAGCCCUAAUACUGCACCGCUGAGUUUUGCAUGGCCCUGGGUCCCCUGACACACUGGAUUUUUAAAGGCAUGGUGAUGACAGGGAGCCUCAGUCCUGGGAGUCCUUAGUGCUGUGAAGUUUUGUCUGGGUGACAUCUCCUGCUUGCUCUGCAAACGGAGGAGCAGCUGAGCACUUGGUGGUGCAUACUGCCUGCGUUGUGUCAUUUAAAGGAAGAAAGAAAGAAAGAAAGAAAACGUGCCGGCGCUGCUUCAAAUCUCAAACUGUGUACCAGAAGCUUAAAAGGAAAUGCAGAAGAAUGCCUAAAAAGACUAUGAGAAGACACAGAAACGAAGUUACAAUUGAAUUGCGGAAGAACAAAAGAGAUGAACAUCUUUUGAAAAAACGAAACGUUCCCCAAGAAGAAAGUUUAGAAGAUUCUGAUGUUGAUGCUGACUUCAAAGCACAAAAUGUAACACUAGAAGCUAUACUGCAGAAUGCCACAAGUGACAACCCAGUGAUCCAGCUGAGUGCUGUUCAAGCUGCAAGAAAACUCCUAUCCAGUGACAGAAAUCCACCUAUUGAUGACUUAAUAAAAUCUGGAAUUUUGCCAAUUCUGGUAAAAUGCUUAGAAAGGGAUGAUAAUCCUUCAUUACAAUUUGAAGCUGCAUGGGCGUUGACUAACAUAGCAUCAGGCACUUCUGCACAAACUCAAGCUGUUGUACAGUCUAAUGCAGUACCCCUCUUUUUGAGACUACUCCAUUCUCCGCACCAGAACGUUUGUGAGCAGGCUGUCUGGGCUCUGGGAAAUAUUAUCGGUGAUGGUCCUCAGUGUAGAGAUUAUGUCAUAUCACUGGGAGUUGUCAAACCUCUUCUGUCCUUCAUCAAUCCCUCCAUUCCCAUCACCUUCCUUCGGAACGUCACAUGGGUCAUUGUAAAUCUCUGCAGGAAUAAGGACCCCCCACCGCCUAUGGAGACAGUUCAGGAGAUUUUGCCAGCAUUGUGUGUUCUCAUUUACCAUACAGAUAUAAACAUUCUUGUGGACACCGUUUGGGCUUUGUCCUACUUAACAGACGGUGGCAACGAGCAGAUACAGAUGGUGAUUGAUUCAGGAGUCGUACCUUUUCUAGUUCCCCUUCUGAGUCAUCAGGAGGUCAAAGUUCAGACAGCAGCACUGAGAGCAGUAGGCAACAUAGUGACUGGUACUGAUGAACAGACACAAGUUGUUCUCAACUGUGAUGUUUUGUCUUACUUCCCAAACCUCCUGACACAUCCAAAAGAGAAGAUAAACAAGGAAGCAGUUUGGUUCCUUUCCAAUAUCACAGCAGGAAACCAGCAACAAGUUCAGGCUGUAAUAGAUGCUGGGCUAAUCCCUAUGAUCAUACACCAGCUGGCUAAGGGUGACUUUGGAACACAGAAGGAAGCUGCUUGGGCAAUUAGCAACUUGACAAUAAGUGGGAGAAAAGAUCAGGUUGAAUACCUUGUACAGCAAAAUGUAAUCCCACCAUUCUGCAAUCUACUCUCAGUAAAGGAUUCUCAAGUGGUACAGGUGGUGCUGGAUGGUCUGAAAAACAUCCUGAUAAUGGCUGGUGAUGAGGCUAGCACAAUAGCUGAAAUUAUAGAGGAGUGUGGAGGGUUAGAGAAAAUUGAAGCCUUGCAACAACAUGAGAAUGAAGACAUUUAUAAACUAGCGUUUGAAAUCAUAGAUCAGUAUUUCUCUGGUGAUGAUGUAAGUAUGCUAAAGAUGGAAAAGUGUAUGCACUGUGCUGUUAGUGCUCCGUUAGUAAGUACAUUGUUCUUGGUGAUCUGUUCCAGUUGUUGUGAACAUAGCACGUCUGGGAGGUCAAGCUUCCUGUUCCCUUUUCAGUGCUCCUUCCCUGAAUUGAAAGUCUUUGAAGAAUUUCUCAAUUCCAGGAAUUUUCUUCAGCAAUACUAAGAUGACUGAUCUCAU